AUGGCAAUCAAUUUAUUUUAAAGUACAAGCAACAACAGCAAUUGGAAUCCAUAAAAAAAGUAUGUGUUUAUUGGAAUUUAUUAGUACAAAAGUGGAAGGAUCAUACAGAGCUUAAUUUUAACAAAUUAAACUGGAGUAUAUUCCAAGUGACGGAUAAAGUACCGGCCAUCCUUAUUCCACAACAAUUAUUGUACAAUAAGAAUAUAAAGGAAUGGUAGCAUUGUUAAUAAAUCAAUUAAGUCUUUAAUGAUGGUUCGAUUGGAAGAUUAUUAUUUAAUCCGGUCUUAGCAAAUUCAACGUUCACAUCAAGUUAUAAUUCAAAAUGCUUGUAGUUAAGGUCUUUUCAAUUCAAAAUUGAUAACUAAUGUUAAUAUUCAGAGUAAAUUUAUGGACUAAAUAUUAGCACUGUAGCCUCCUUAAUUUUAGAAUUUUAGAAAUUCAUGGAACAAUAAUAAUUCUAAUAAUAAUUAUUAAAGUAACACAUUCAGUUCAAAUAAUAUCUUUAAUCAAAAUAAUACAAAAAAUGUAUUCCAGCCAUCAUAAACAAAUGAUAAUAUAUUUAAUAAUCCUAUGAGCUCAUCAAAUUAAUUAUUUUAGUAAUAAUCAAAUCAAAGUACAAAUAUUUUCUAACAGCCAAAUAAUUAAAACAAUAUUUUUAACUCUUCUAAUAAUAACAAUAAUACAAACAAUAACAAUAUUUUUAAAUAAUCAACAACUCCAACAAAUGUAAGUAAUAACUUAUUUGCAUAAACACCUAACAAUAAUAUUUUUGCCUAGAAUAAUCAACCUAAUAUUUUUUAAUAACCCCAAUAACAAGGUUUUAAUUUAUUUAAUUAGCCUUCUUUGUUCCCUCAAAAUACUUUGUAUCCUCAAAAUAAUAUCUUCACCUAACCUAAUUUAUAUGGACUCAAUAAUGGAUUUGGAUAGCCUGUGAUGUAUGGUCAACCAAGUAUGUAUCCUAAUCCUAUGAACUAUCAACAAUUUCCAUUUUAUUAACCUAUUAUUUAACCAUAAGGAUAAUAAUAAAUUACUUAUCCUUAACUUUAACAAUUUGAAAAAGUUAAAGAUGCUGCUGAUAUCCUCUAAACUUAUGCAGAUGUCUUGAAAUAAAAAUAUUAAUAAUUUUAGGAGCUUCAAAAAAAUGAAGAACAGCAUUUUGAAUAACAAGAAUUGAUUAUACAAGAACAUGAACGUCAAAAUUAACAAAUCAGAUAAUAGAGAGAAAGAAUUUUGAAUCAAUCAUUAUCAGUAAGAUCAAAUAAAAGCAAAUCGCCUUCACCAUUUUCUAUUUCAAGAGCUGGAAAAUCAUCAACUAAUUAUCAUAGAAUGAAUUCUAGUUUACAGAGAUCACAUAUUGUGGAAUAUAAUACUAGUUAAAUUUCAAACUAUGAAGAAAAUAAAUUCGAUAUAAUUGUAAAAUUCUUAGAAAGCGAAAAAUUCUUUCCAAUUAUCACGCAAUCCUUCAAAUCAAAAAGUAGAAUAGAGCAUGUUAAGUUUUUCAUUGAAAAUAUUUUAUCUUAAUAAAAUAUAUUUGGAAAAUAAAGAUACUAAUAUUUUUAAAUGGUGAGAAUAAUGAUUGGAUAAAAUAUUAUUUUUGAUGAUGCUUUAUAUUUAGAUGAAAUUAAAUCAGAUUAAUAUCCAAUUUAAAUAAUAUUUAAUUACUUUUGCACAAUUAAACCCAAACUUACAAAACCAGAUUAUUAAUGUAAUGUCAAUUUUGAUCAAAUGACUGAAUAAGAACUCUCUAAUGUAGAAAAUUUUACGAUUUCAAAUUAAUUCGGGUAAGUUAGGUGGCUUACUCCUUGCAAUUUACUUUAUUUAGAUCUUGAUAAAAUAGUUGAUUUAACUCAAGAAUGCAUUAAUCUCUAUGAUUCUGAAAUAGUGAAUGAUUAUCUUAAACCAGAAAUUGGAAAAAAGUUAAAUAAAGAAUGUGAAAUUACAUUUAACUUGCCUCUUAAUCUGAAAAUAAAUGAUGCUUCAAAAUUUGAAUAAAAUUUGAGAUAUUAAGCUGAAGGAAAAAAUAUCGAAUUUAUCAAAUUUGAUAGUGAAAAUCGAUCCUAUACAUUUAAAGUGCAACAUUUUUCUGGUUAUCAAUUUAAUUCAGAUUACUAUUCUUCUGAUGAUUCAACUCAUUUACAUUAGGUGGCUAUUCAAACUAAUGCAAGUAUAGUGUUUGGUUAGGUAGAUGAAGAACAAUCUUCUUCAUCAUCAGAUGAUAAUUUAAUAGAAGAUUAAUUGGAGAAUCUCAAAGAAUUUAAUAUUAGAUUUAAUAGUUAAAUUAGUUAAUUAAAAAAUUUUAAUAUUUCGAAUAAAAAUGAAGAGAUUAUUAAAUUUAAUAUAAAAAAUAACACAAAGGUUCCCAUAAAUAUCCAAUACAUGAAUAAUUCAUUGUAAAAUUAAAAAUUUUUGUCCAUUUUAUUUCUUGAUUCUUAAAAAAUACAUUACUAAUCAUUAAAAAUGAAACUUUCAACUAAACUUAUCUAAUUAUUUUAAAUAACGGAAGAUAAAAGCAUUAAAUUCCAAUUAAAACUAUUUAAUGCUCUUUUUGGAGAUACAUCAAUAAAUCUAGGAAAAUAUGCCAAAAAUAUAAAAAAUAAUAUAUUCGAUAUAAUUGAUCUUUAAUCAAUAACUAAACAUAAAUAAGACAGAGGUUUAGCUUUAAGUUUAAUUUUUGAAAAUUAAAAAAAAAAGUAAAAUAAUGAUUUUAGAGAAGUCAUCUUAGAUCAAAGAGAAUUAAAUCCAAUCUAAAAAAUAUUAUUAACUGUAAACUCCAAAUCAGGAAAUAACCUAGCUUUAGGCCAUGGAGAUGUGAUUGAUGAAUUUAUUAAUUGGAGAAUAAACUGUGAACAACCAAAACCAUUAUAUUAAAAAGAAUGGUGGUAAAGUCUUAAAGAGUACAUUUAAGGAAAGCCAUUAAAGUCUAUUGAUUAAGCUGCCUUAUACUAUUAUUUAAUAAAAAAAAAAAAAAAGACUGAAGAACCUUCAGAAUCAUUCGACAAGUUAUUAAAUUAUUUAUAAUCAAGUCAUGAUACUCUUGCUUAUUUACUCUUUGCUAUUAUAAUUAGGAAAAAUAAUAUAAAAAUUAAAAAAUUAAAAAUUCUAUCUAGAUCUUUACUAUCUAAGCUAAUUGAUAAUAAAUGUAAUUAUGAGAUAGUUAAGGAAUUUUUAUUAAUAUUGCAUCCUUCAAUAUUCUAGAAAGAAGAAAUUUCAAGGUUGUAAAAUUUAAUAAAUAAGCAUCCAAAUUAUUAAGAAUUUGCUGAUGAUGAACAAGAGAUCACUAAGCAUAUUACUAAUUACGAUUAUAAAAAUGCAAUAAUUAAGAUACUUAAGUAACAGAAAAUAUCAGAAUAUAAAUAAAUAAUUAAUGAUUAUAUUAUCCCUUGUCUUGUUAUUGAAAAUUAAAGAUAAUUAAAUGAUUCAACAACAGAAUUAAUCAACUAAAUAUUAGAUAAUUGCUCUUAUAAUUCCGAUGUUAUCACAUUAGCAUAAGUAAUUAUAUAAGUUAAAAUAAUUAGAUUUAUAUAGGAAGAUUAGAGUUUGAUACAACCCAAGUUGAGAGUAUUAUUGUAUAAAACGAAUAUUAAUAUUUCAUGAAGCAGAAGAUUAUUUAGUAAUUUAUUGAAUUAUGA